CCUGUCUCUUUCUUCAGCCGGAACAAACGCAAACACAGAGGUGAGAGAGGGAGAGAGAUGCACUUUCAUCCUAUGCCACCAAACACGGACCAUUAACGUUUCUGACUGUGCGGUCUGAUCUGCCUCUCGUGGCUGGCUGCAGAAAGGACAACAUACACCCGACACAGCCAGCGUCACUUAUCAAGACCAAGCUGCAGGGGAGCAUCAAGCAUCAAGCACGAAGAUGACCAAGAUCAGCCUUGCUGCCCUAGUGGUGAUGGUCGCCUUGAUUGGCGUGGCGGCCGCCGUGCCCGAGUCGGGCGAUGGUGGCCGCGUCUGUCCCUCUGGGUGCGUCUCAUGGUUCGACGGUAUGGGAUGACGAACAGCGGUUCCAUGGUGUGUGGGUGGGUGCCUUAUUGGCUGGUAUGUGUGUGUUGGUUGCCUGCGUCUGUCAGGGUGCAAUAAUUGCUUCUGCAACGAGGACGGCAGCCUCGGCGGCUGCACACGGAAAUUCUGCCCACCUGGCACCGAGGAGCCCCCCAGAUGCCGCAAAUGGGGUCAGUCAACGAGGGAAAUUGUCCGAUCCACUCACUCUGUGUGCUCAUGUGGCUGUGUCUGGCUGUGUGUGUGCGUGUAGCCGAGCCCGAGCGCCUCUGCCCCGUUGGCUGCCUGCAGUGGUUCGAUGGCUGCAACUGGUGCCAGUGCAGUGAGGACGGGACGCUGGGAGCCUGCACACUCAGACUCUGCCCGCCGGGGACAGAAGAGCCUCCGAAGUGCCUCAGAUGGGGUAAGCGUGGGCACACGAGCAUGUGUGAGUGUCAUGUGAGCGUCAUGUGUGCCGCCUCGUUGUGUGUGUGUGUGUGGUGGAUGCAGCCACGACGACUACGCCGGGCCCGGGCCCGGGCCCCCCUCCUGAAGAGGACCUCGAGUGAAAGACAGAGCCUGCAAGACACACACGGGCCAGCCAGCCCGCCUGUAGAUACAGACAGCUGAUGGGUUACACAUGUGUUUGUGCGUGCCAGUAGUGAGUGUUAGAGAGAGAGCUGGGGGGUGGGUGUCUGAACCAUGGGUAUUUGUCAGUUUCUCGGGCUAGGUGGCCGGCUCCCCGUGUCGCGGGUUGUCUGUCUGUCUGUCUGCCUGCCUGCCUGUCGAUAGUCAAUUGGUGCGUGGGCUUUCCCGUUUGUGUGGCUGUGUCUGCUGCUCGGUCUUUUUUUCAAUGUGAGACAGACGGGACGCAUGCACCGUGAAUGAAGGCGUGGGUGGCUGA